UACAUAUUAUGUAUACUCACAGUUUUGUGCCUUGAGUCAACUCAAAGCCUAUCCUUGAGCAUAAUUUUGCUCUGACUUGAUAGCACGAGGUGGAUAUCCACGUGACGUUUCAUUGAUUUAUAAGGAAUUCUGUAAUUAUUAUUGAUUGUAAUCUUCACGGAAAUUCAUUCUUGAUGCAAUAACAUGCCUGACGGUUUCGUGCACUCCAUCAAAGUCCCGAGACUUUACAAAUCUGCAUCGAAGGUUGUCCGAGAGGUUCGCGAGAAUGGUGGCAGUCUUAAAUCGUUGAUUUAUCAACAAAGACAUCCCAAUACCUCUGCACUGUAUUCGCUAUGCUUGAAUACAUUGCAAAAGGAGGCACAGAUUGAGCAACUUUUGAAAGAAACUCGUAUGUUAACGAAAGAAUCUCGUCUGGAUCCAUGGUUGGCCAAAAUUUUUAUAACUGAACUCUUGUGGGGUAAAAAGGCCAUAAACACAGACUGCAAGCCUGCUCAGUCUGUACUUAAGUACGAGAAACAACUGCGAGAAAAGUUAACUUCCAGUGCUGUAGUAGCACUGGUACCAGCUAACAAAAUAGUGCAAAAACCAAGAUAUGUCCGUGUCAACACUUUGUUAAUGCCAAUGAACGAUGCGAUAUCUAGUUUCAUAGAGGAAGGAUGGUCGCUUCUGCCGAAAUGCUCGAAUUAUAGCACGCAUCUUACCUCUGUUAAAAAUUUAACAAAACCAAAUUUCCUUCAAGAUUUUCAUAUUCCAGAAUUACUCAUUUUUCCAACUAACACAACUUUUCAUGAUCAUACUGGGUACCGAAAUGGAGAAAUUGUUUUGCAAGAUAAGGCUAGCUGUUUUCCAGCUCAUUUAUUGAAUCCCGAUCCUGGUUCUGUGGUGUUGGACAUGUGUGCUGCUCCAGGCAUGAAGUCAUCGCAUUUGGCUGCUUUGUUAAACAAUUAUGGGAAGGUUUACGCAGUUGAAAUAGACGAACGACGAUAUACAACUUUGUGUGAACAAAUGAGAAUUACUGGUGCUUCCUGUGUGGAGACUCUUAACAUGGAUGCAAUAACCUUGGAGGCAGAUGACUAUCCUAACGUGGAUUAUAUCCUGGUUGAUCCAACUUGUUCUGGUUCAGGCAUGCUGGACAGACAAUUAGUCAACGGAAACGAGCAGUGUGCUCCACAACGUCUGAAACAAUUGCAAGCAUUUCAAGUGAUCCUCUUGCGACAUGCUCUUCUAAAUUUCCCGAACGUGAAGAGGGUUGUUUACAGCACCUGUUCGGUCAAUCCCGAAGAGAAUGAAGAAGUAGUAGAUGAAGUUCUUGGGAAUACUGCAGGUGCCUACAGAUUAGCAUCCAUGAAGAACAAAUUUAAGACCAAUUGGAUGAAUUUCAGCUCACCAAAGUACAAUUGCUCCGAUAAUUGCCUAUACGCUGACCCCGAAGUAGAUAUAUGCAAUGGCUUCUUCGUUGCGGUAUUCGAGAGAAAUUUUGACGUACCAUUGCCGGAGUACAAACGCAAAGGAAGCAAAACAAAUACGGAACAGUUGACAGAAAAUAGUGACACGAAUGCCGACAAAACGAAUUUAACCCGUAAAAGAAAGAAGCGUAAAUCAAAGAAAAGCGGGGCUGCAAGUCAUAAUAGUACUAUGAAUAUUUCUUCAGACUCGAUUACGAUCAUCGAUGAGUUAGAGGACGAAGAAAAAGGUAUUAAAAGAUUCGACAGUAACAAAACUGUUGACACUACCGAUGAUAAUGAAGAUGACGAAGAUGAUGAUUUCAACAAAACUAAUGAGGAUGAUGAAGAGAACGAAGACUCUUCGUCAGCUAAGAAAAUAAGAAAGAAACAGAAUCACAAGAACAAACGGCAGUUUAAAUCUCCGACGAAGAAAAAUUAAUAGAUUAGCCAAACAAGAAUAUUGCUCACUAUUGUCAUACAGAAUACGAUAUUUUAUCAACGAAUACACACUGACAUGAAUUUA